AUGGACGAAGUGGCGAUCGUUAAUUAUAGCGAUGGGAUUACCACCAGUGUAAGAACGUAUGGCAGAGGUCCAUUCAGCCGUGCUACCCAGCAGAAACGCAGAAUCGUAAUGAAAGUGCCUCAUGCAUACGGAGCAGCAAAAGGUGGACCUAUUGAGCAAGUGAAACCAUUCGGAAGUGGAACGCAACGCAUUUUCAAUCUCUUUGUUGAAUAA